ACUGGACAAUAUUUGGAAGAAAUUAUGUAAACUUUCGAAUGUGUAAAUUUAUUUACUAUAAGACAACAGAGAAAUAAAAAUGAUUCUCAUUGCCAUUUAUAUAAUUAUCAUGAAGUGUGAAGCUGUUCAAGGACACACGGGACAGUUUUAUGGUUUUGAUGGACAUAUAAGCGGGGACGAUAGACACCAGAACACACGACCUCGCACCUGUCCUGUAGGUACAAUGGAAUCGUGCCUUUAUUGUGAUUGCUAUAGUGAUAGAUGUAAUAUUGACAGACAAGAAAGGCUACUUAACAGAAAUUAUAAAGGUUUAUUCAGCAAUACAAUGGAACAUAAUAUGGAGUGUGACACAUCAAAUGAACAAGUAAUUGGUACUACUGGAUUCGAUGACUUUGGAGUUGGUUCGAAUGAAUCAUCUAAAGUUCGUCCCAGUUCUCGUUGCUGUGAAACGAAUUUAAAAAUCGUUGCAGAUAACGAACCUUUUGUACAUGAUGGGAUAACGAGAAUUCCUGUGACAAGUUCAAUGUUUGGUGGAGUUUCGUUAAUAAAUGAACAGUUUCGGGUUGAAGGCGAAUGUAUGAAUUUAUCACCAUGUGGUAAAAACGGCCAUGGUAAAUGUAAACAAGAAUUUGGGUUUACAGAAGUUCUCGUACAUAGUUUACAGAACCGGAGAGAGUACGAAUUUGUAUCUGUACCAUAUAAAUCAUACUGUAGGUGUUCAUUUAUUGGAGUCGGAUAAAAUUCAAUUCUACAUGGACCAGUCUUACCAACCACUAGUCCAAACUGAUUGAAAAUAUUAUUUUUGAACGACGCUAUGAUUCUGUAAAGUAAUAGAAUUCAUAUUGGAAACUCUUCUGUAAACCUUUCUGCAA